UCGGUCGAGGAAAAAACCGAUUCCUCUUUCUCUGCCGCGGGAAAGAGAGAUUGAGAGAAUGGCUGAAAUUUCGAGGAGUAGACCGGUUCGUUUCCUACUGAUUUUCGCUUCCGUCUAUCUACAAUUCACUCCAGGUUUUUCUGACGACUCCAAAGCUUCAGACAACAGCUCAAAAACAAACAGUAGUACCGCGGUCAUAAUAGUCAUCAUAUUGUGUGGGCUUGUUGCAGUAGGGUUGAUUUCAUUUUUCCUUUUCAAGUUGUGGCAAAAGAAGAAACGAGAUGAACAAUAUGCCCGUCUUUUGAAGCUGUUUGAAGAGGAUGAUGAACUUGAGUUUGAACUUGGCCUUCGGACUGAUAGCAUCAUUUGUAAAUUGUGCUCGUCUUAUUUGAGAAAACUCGAUUUUCUUGUGGCCAUAUAUCAAGAUUCAAGCAUACCCUGUGGUGAGGUAAGAUAAAUUUUCAACCAUAAGUUGUACUAUUUUUAAUGAUGGUUCACUUUUUGUAAAACCAUAUGCAACCACAUUUUCAGAGGGGAGGUACCCUUAUCCUGUAGUGGUUGAGUUUCCUUCAUUGUCUGCCUCUGAUUCAAUUUAAUAAUAAAACAUUUGCU